AUGGUCUCAAGUGCCUUAUCAUUGUGCGCGGCACUGCUUUUAGCUGCUUUUUCUGCUGUAUCGAAGGCACAAACAUCUUAUUACAUUUCUAUUUAUACUGAAACAAUUCCUAGUUAUUCGCAACCGCAAGUAUCUUAUAUUACUAGUUAUCUUGGACCGACUACUCACGGUGGUAAGGGUCCUAUUGCCACAGUGGACGGAUGGCCUGUGAAUAAUCCGUAUAAUGCAUCUAAGGAUGCUCGUUGUAUGUUGACUCCAGAACAAAAGGCGGCUGUUUUGGACCUAAUGAAUAAGUACAGAUCUAUGUUUGUCGACACUCCUAAUUUGACCUGGUCUGAUACUUUAGCCCAACGGGCUGCGUGGUGGGCUUGCGAAUUUAAUGUCAAGACGCCUGUUUUUCAAGACGCUCCCGAUUACGGCUACUUUAUUGGUUCAAACUUUUACGUGGGACCUGGUCCUCUGACCAGCGGUGUAGACGCCUGGUUUGAUGAAAUUAAUGAUUAUAAUUACAGCGAUCCUUACCUUUUGCCUUACUUACAUAAUGGACAUUUUACACAGCUUGUUUGGAAAUCCACCACGGAGGUUGGUUGUGGUGCGCAAGAAUAUUGGCCCGGUGUUGAUGGUUUGCCUGGUCGAUAUUUUUUUGAGUGUGAGUUCAUACCUCUUGGUAAUGAUUAUGGUAAAUACCAUGAAAAUGUCAUGCCUCUGAAACCAGCUUAUGCAACUCUUCAGUUCCCAACACCUCACUGGACAGCCGCCCCCGUAAAUUGGACAUCUAUAUCUCUAUAUGAAAAAACACAUGCUGUAGCUCAAAUUACUAUAACUCCGACAUCAAAUCCUAACCCUGUUUACACAAUACCUUUUGGAGAUUGGUCAGACUUCUUUCCAUCAACGGCCCAGUUUACUUAUUUAAGUGCCACUGACAGUCCAACUACCACUGCAACAACAUCUACCUCGAGCAACAGUCAUGCUUCUGCUGUGAAUACUACUAACAGAUCAACCUCCACUGCAACAACAACUACUUCAACCAACACUCAUGGUUCUGCUAUUGAUGCUACUCACAGAUCAACUAUCAUUUCUAAAAAAUCUACUUCAAUCAGUCAUAGUUCUGCUAUGGAUGCUACUGACAAGUCAAUUGCCACUGCAACAACAUCUACCUCAAGCAACAGUCGUAGUUCUAGUAUCAAUGCUACUGACAAAUCAACUGUCACUUCUAAAAAAUCUACUUCAAUCAGUCAUAGUUCUGCUAUGGAUGCUACUGACAAAUCAACCAUUUCUGAGAAGUCUACCUCUAGCAAUAGUCAUGGUUCUAUUAUGAAUACUACUGACAGAUCAACUGUCACUUCUAAAAAAUCUACCUCAAGCAACAGUCAUAAUUCUGCUAUGGAUGCUACUGGUAAGUCAACCAUCACCUCUAACAAAUCUACCUCAAGCAACAAUCAUAGUUCUGUCGUUGAUGCUACUGACAGAUCAACCACCACUGCAACAACAUCUACUCCAAUCAGUCGUGGUUCUGCUAUUGAUGCUACUAAUAAAUCUACCACCACUUCUAACAAAUCUAACUCGAGCAACAUUCAUGCUUCUGCUAUGAAUACUACUAACAGAUCAACCACUACUUCUAAAAAAUCUACCUCAAUCAGUCAUGAUUCUGCUAUUGAUGCUACUGACAGAUCGACCACCACUUCUAACAAAUCUACCUCAAACAGUCAUAGUUCUACUAUGGAUGCUACUCACAGAUCAACCAUCACUGCAACAAUAUCUACUUCAAGCAACAGUCAUAGUUCUAUUAUAAAUACUACUGACAGAUCAACUACCACUGCAACAAUAUCUACUUCAAACAGUAAUGGUUCUACUAUGGAUGCUACUCACAGAUCAACCAUCACUUCUAAGAAAUCUACUUCAAGCAACAAUCGUAGUUCUACUAUGGAUGCUAUUAACAGAUUAACCAUCACUGCAACAACAACUACCCCAAGCAACAGUAAUGGUUCUGCUGUUGAUGCUACUAGCAGAUCAACCAUCACUUCUGAGAAAUCUAUCUCAAGCAACAGUCAUGGUUCUGCUAUGGAUGCCACUGACAGAUCAACCAUCACCUCUAAUAAAUCUACCUUGAGCAAGAGUAAUGGUUCUACUAUGAAUACUACUGACAGAUCAAUCACCACUUCUAAGAAAUCUACCUCAAGCAACAGUCAUGGUUCUGGUAUCAAUGCCACCAACAAGUCAACUGCCACUUCUAAGAAAUCUGCCUCAAACAGUCAUAGUUCUACUAUGGAUGCUACUGACAAGUCAAUUGCCACUGCAACAACAUCUACCUCAAGCAACAGUCGUAGUUCUAGUAUCAAUGCUACUGACAAAUCAACUGUCACUUCUAAAAAAUCUACCUCAAACAGUCAUAGUUCUACUAUGAAUACUACUGACAGAUCAACCACCACUUCUAACAAAUCUACCUCAAUCAGUCAUAGUUCUGCUAUGAAUACCACUGACAGAUCAACCAUCACUUCCAAGAAAUCUACUUUAAGUAACAGUAAUGGUUCUGCUAUGGAUGUUACUGACAGAUCAACCAUCACUUCUACCUCAAUCAGUCAUAGUUCUACUAUGAAUACUACUGACAGAUCAACCAUCACUUCUAAAAAAUCUACUUUAAGUAACAGUAAUGGUUCUGCUAUGGAUGUUACUGACAGAUCAACCAUCACUUCUACCUCAAUCAGUCAUAGUUCUACUAUGAAUACUACUGACAGAUCAACCAUCACUUCUAAAAAAUCUACUUUAAGUAACAGUAAUGGUUCUGCUAUGGAUGUUACUGACAGAUCAACCAUCACUUCUACCUCAAUCAGUCAUAGUUCUACUAUGAAUACUACUGACAGAUCAACCAUCACUUCUAAAAAAUCUACCUCAAGCAACAGUCAUAAUUCUGCCAUUGAUGCUACUGACAGAUCAACCUCCACUUCUAACAAAUCUACUUCAAGCAAAAGUAAUGGUUCUAAUAUCAAUGCUACUAAUAGAUCUACCACUACUUCUAAGAAAUCUGUCUCAAUCAGUCAUAAUUCUGCUAUUGAUGCUACUAACAGAUCAACCACUACUUCUAAGAAAUCUACCUCAAUCAGUCAUAGUUCUACUAUGAAUACUACUGACAGAUCCACUGCUACUUCUGACAAAUCUACCUCAAUUAGUCGUGGUUCUACUAUGGAUGCCACUGACAGAUCAGCUACUACUGCAACAACAUCUACCCCAAGCAACAGUAAUGGUUCUGCUAUUGAUGCUACUGACAGAUCAACUGCCACUUCUAAGAUCUCUACUUCAAGCAACAGUAAUGGUUCUUCUAUAAAUACUACUGGCAAGUCAACCUCCACUUCUAACAAAUCUACCUCGAGUAACAGUCAUGGUUCUACUAUCGAUGCUACUAACAGAUCAGCUACUACUUCUACCAAAUCUACCUCAAUCAGUCAUAGUUCUGCUAUGGAUGCCACUGACAGAUCAGCUACUACUGCAACAACAUCUACCCCAAGCAACAGUAAUGGUUCUGCUAUUAGUGUCAAUGGUAAUGCACAUGCUACUGGUGAAGCUGCAUCCGCUAAAACAAAUGUUGCUCACUCCGUCACAACCGCUACUGUUAAGAGCACACACAUGGUAGAUGUCACUGAAUGUCCAGUUUGCUCACUAUCCACCGCUACCACUUCAUUUUCUUCCCAAAACAGUCAAACUGUCCUACAUGGUGAACCAGUGUUGAGAGUUAGUACAGUUUAUACUACAGACGGUGUUGUUAUCACUACAUACACUCCUUCAUGUCCAGAAAGUGCUAAGACAGGUUCUGUUACAGCUUCUGCUGCUACUGCUACUGCACCUUCAGACGUAAGCAUGGAAUCUGCCCAUUCCAAUGUUGUUCCAUCUGUAGGUGUUGCUACUUCUUCUUCUAAUUCUGCGGAAAGUGUUACAGUUGCAAAAUAUGAAGGUUUGGCAGCUAGUUUGACCUCAGAUGUUCUAUUCAGCGCUAUUUUAAUGGCUCUUAUUCAUUUGAUCUAA